AUGGAGGUGGAGGUCAAUAAGCUGGAACUGAUGAAAAAUCCAGUUACACUCAUAAAGGAAUUGUCAGCAAUAGGAUCUCGAUAUCAAACUUUGCAUGCACGCUUUAAACCAAUUCCUGCAGAGCAGAAAGAGACUAAGAACCGCAUUUGUGCUACUGUCAAUAAGACUAUGACUAUGAUACAAGAGCUACAAAAGCAAACAGACCUGGAGCUGUCACCACUGAGUAAAGAAGAGCAAACUGCGGCAGAACAAUUAAAAUCUUUCAUGUCAGACGUAUGA